AAUGAGUUGUUAGAAGGAGAAACAAAGUGCUCUAAUAAUGAUAUUGAUUUUUAAGCCAUGUUUGAGAGGGAGAAGGGGCCUACAUCUUGAUGACAAGCACGUUCAUGUGGAGCAAGCAAUUCAAGGCCCCCCCACAAAGGGGAAAAGAAAAACAAAAGAAACCAAGAACUAAGAAAAUGAUAAUUAGAAAAGUAAAAGAGAAAGCAAAGCAGAAAAUGAGCUAUGUCCCAGGCCAACAUUUUACAAAAAUUUCUCAGCCCCAGCAGGUAUUAUUGUUGCUCUUUCUCUGUUGUUCUAUUUCCUCCUUAUAAUAUAAUUGGUGUUUUCUCCAACUACAUUGCAAAACAUGGGAAAGAGAGGAACAAGGUUACCAGGCUUUUGCCUCAACAGAAUUAGGCCUCAUGCUAGGGUGCGUUCACCACCCGCACAAGCCAAGCAUGACAACACAACAAGUGCCACUAAACUUGAUCAGAAAACUGAGAAUUCUUGCAAUGCAUGUGAGGAGAAAUCUGAUGAUGUGGCAAAACCCGGGUCUGUGAUUGGUAGGAAGAUCAUGAUUGUGGUUGAUUCUAGCCUUGAGGCCAAAGGUGCUGUGCAAUGGGCACUCACUCACACAGUUCAGAACCAAGACACUAUAGUUCUUCUUCAUGUCAUGAAGCCUUCUAAUAAGCAAGCCACUGAUGAUGAGUCCAGCAAGGAGAUAGCUCCAAGGGCUUAUGAACUUGCUUCCUCCUUCAAGAACAUGUGUCAUGUGAAGAGGCCUGAGGUACAAAUUGAGAUUGCAGUAACAGAGGGAAAGGAUAAGGGGCCAAAGAUAGUGGAGGAGGCCAAAAAGCAAGGGGUGGCACUUCUUGUUUUGGGGCAGAAGAAGAGGUCCACAACAUGGCGUCUUCUGAUGAUGUGGGCAGGGCACAGAGUCACUGGUGGGGUGGUAGAGUACUGCAUUCAGAAUGCACAUUGCAUGGCAAUUGCAGUGAGAAGAAAAAGCAAGAAGAGUGGAGGCUACAUGAUUACUACUAAGCGUCACAAAGAUUUCUGGCUCUUAGCUUAAUCUGCAGUCAAACCUAUGGCUUCAAGAUUAUACAACUCAUUAUAAAUCAUGUUUAUUGUGUCUGUAAUUCACAAUGUUUGUACAUAAUAAAAGUGUGCAGAGAAU